UAGAGCGAGAAAUUCUCAGAGUAUAACGGCGGGAGGAAGACGACGAUGGCCAAACACGGGAGAGGAGGGAAGCAGGAUUCGAAGAUGAGCAGAGGAAGCCGUAAUAGAACUGGUUUCAAAAAAUCUACCAAGGACCGGAAUCCUCUCGCCGCUAAAAAAGCUAAUAAGCCUAAAGGCAAGUUUUCGCGAAAAAGCACCACGAAGAAGAAGCCAGUCGAAGCGGUUGUAGACAUAGAGAAGGUGAAAACAGUGAAGAAACAGAGGUUCAUUAUUCCUCAACUUACUACUGUGUCUCAGCAGUUUGAUUUCUUCAUCGAUCAAUAUCAGACUGCUAACAGAGUUCAGCUUUCACCUCUGGAACUUGAAUCGAUUACAGGAGAUACAGCUAUGGUACAACUAUCUCCAGGCGUGGAUCAAAGUGCUAGCAAUUUAGGUCAACAUAUGAAGUAUGCUUUUGGAUCAUCUUGGAAAGAAUUGCUUUGUGGAAAGGAAGUUGUGGAAGGCCAAAUUGAUGUUGGAAGUCCAUCGCUGCUUGUGAUUAGCUUAUCUGCACUAAGAUCAUUAGAACUCUUUAGGGGAGUUCAUUCUCUAACCAGGGAAUGCCCUGCUGCUAAGCUGUUCUCAAAGCACAUUAAAGUUGAGGAGCAGGUAUCCUUUUUGAAGAAACGUGUUAAUAUUGCUGUCGGUACUCCAAAUAGGAUCAAGAAGUUGAUUGAUAUGGAAGCGCUGGGGGUAAAUAAAGUAAAGGUGGUUGUUCUGGACAUGCAAACUGAUGUUAAAGGCUUUUCAUUGUUCUCUCUUGCACAAGUCAGAGACGAAUUCUGGGAUUUGUAUAAGAGCUGUUUCCACCAACGUUUCCUUCAGAAUGAUAUCAGAAUCUGUCUCUACGAUCCAGUUAGCUCCGAUUCUCAGAAAGAGAGUUCUUGAUGUCGAUGUUCUUGUAGAUUUGUUAGGGGCCAUGAUGGUUUUGGACUAAGCCUCUCCUUCCUUUGGACCUCUUCUAUUGUUUACUAUGUAUUGAAUGAAGGAAAUGAAGCCCCUUUAACAUUAGGACAGUUGUCCUAUAAUGAUAUGUAUUUUAGGGAGGGCCUUUAUUAACAUUAAAGGGGAGGAGGGUCAAGAUCACGUGCUUACCUUAUGGUUUUGUAGGACACAUGAACAUCAUCUACAAUUCUAGUAUAAGCAAAUUCUAGAUCAAAUUCAUUUACAUAUUA